UCAUUCCUGUUCCUCAUUGUAUCCUUCACAAUGCGUUUGACCCGCACCAUCUCACAUACUGUGAAGAAAUCGAACUCGUUCUCGUCGUCGCUUGCUCCUGGCCACAUUCUGUCAGGAGCACUUUGGAACUAUCGCAUCAAGGAGGCCGUUGAAGGCGACAAGACGCAAAUAUCUACCGGCUUCAAAGCCGAAAUCAUUUACCAUGGAAACCCACUUGGUUCUCCCCAAUGGGCUUUCAUCAAAGCAGCGUCGCCCAGUGAUGCAACUGCUACGGAGAACCUAGAACGUGAACGUCGAAGCUAUCUCAUUCCUGGAGUCGCUUCGGCUGCAUGUUUUCGGAAGCUGUAUGAUGUCUUUGAGAACUCUAUGGGUGGUACCGGGACGUGUAUCGCUCUAGAAUGGCUUGAUACCACUCUCUCAGAGGUGAAAUAUCUGCCUGGCGCGGCCAACUACGCUAUUAUUCAGUCGGUCUUGAGAGCAGCGUUAAGUAGCUGUAUCGUGCUGGAAAACCAGAAUUUUGUUAAUACCGAUUACAAACCGGCGAAUAUCCUGCUUUCUGGCCUCAAAACUGGCCGAGUUGUUGCUAAAGUGGGUGAUUUGGGACUUGUGUUUCCGACUGGCGACCGUUUCGAAGCCCAGCCAUACUCUAUGCGCGCGCCUGAAGUCUUCCUAGGCCAGGCGUGUACCGAACCGUCGCAGGUUUGGGCAGUUGCUGCAAUGCUACUUUGCUGGAUCAAACCUGGGAUUCUGGGCACAUGGGAUAGCCCUCAUUUCCUAAUCGAUGAGGCUUGGUCUAUGGCGAAGAUCAAGCGACUGUUUCCCAGCUGGGAUUUACCAAAUCCUGAUGAGCGCGGAAUCACCACCAAAAGUGCCAGUUUUGGGUAUAUCCACUUCAAUUACUCCACUCUACGCUAUGGAACCGGGCAAAGCAGGUGCUAUCUUUACAUAGGGGAAUAUUACACUCUUUACAGCAAAACAGGGUACCUUUCCUACAUCCGGAUCCCUUGAAAUUAGCCGGCAUAUUGACUGAAAGCUCGCCUAUCACCUUCCUCUUUACCGCUCGAUUCAACCCCUCCUUUUUAUAUACAACAUAGUCUAAUUGAUAUGGUAGCCUUCUAAGGGUGUGUUUUUGGACCGGAAUAGUAGUAUUUGGUAACACCACACUUAUAGAGACUCGUUUACGUUUCUUACUUGUUUCCUUAGCAAUUCGGAAACAAUUCCUUACAAUCUCACUGCGAAAAGCUAUCUGAUCAACCCAUUUCUCCUUAUCUGGUACAGGGGAAUAGAAAGAGAGCUUAUACGCGUUAACUAAAGCUGUGUCUUCAAUCCACGUGAUAAGAGAUUGAUAACCACCUAUUCGACAGAUCCUCUCAAGCUUAUCUGCUACCUUCAGUUGAUUACCACGAUUAACUGCCCCUAUCUCUAUAUUAUAGAGAUAUGUAUACUCUGGAAUCUCUAGCUAAGCUCGAGUAUAUGUUCCGAAGGGUACACGUGCUGUUUUUGCUACGGAAGAGGUCUCGGAAGGGCGUUUUCUAAGAACCUCAACUCGACUAAGCGUAUUAGAAGCUGUCGAC